UGGAACUUCCAUAUAAGAAUACCCAAAUGAGGACAUUGGGACACCAUAGUCACACAUGUAGCCCCAUUGAGACCAACCAACUUAGGCAAGGCUUAUCAGUAUGACGUUACUCUUGUCUCAUAAGACUCAUGAAUGGACAGAACAGAUGUUCCGGUCGCGUUGAAGUCCAUUACAAUGGAAACUGGGGAACAGUGUGUGAUGAUGACUGGGACAUAAAAGAUGCAGAGGUUGUGUGCAGACAGCUUGAGUGUGGGCGGGCCAUUGAGGCGCCCAUGAAUGCCCGGUUUGGUGAAGGCUCUGGAAGUAUUCUCCUGGAUGACGUGCAGUGCAGAGGGAACGAACCCUCUUUGUUGCAGUGCUCGCACCGGGGGUGGGGCACACAUAACUGUGCCCACCGUGAGGAUGCCAGUGUCAUCUGCUCAGCUUCUUCACCUACCACACAGAAGCCCAUUACUACAUCUCCACCACCUACAACAAGCGAGCCCCUUACAACUGGCCCCCAUCACGUUGUAUCAGAAACAUUCGGAACAUUGGAAACAGAUAACUCCUCUUCAUCCCCUUUCGCGCCAGAGACCACUGGGGCAAUAUCUACCCCACAACCACUGACUACAGCUAAUGGAGCUUCUGUGGAUUCCACAACACCAGAAAGAGAGAACUCCUUUCCAUCCAUCACCGCACCAGAGACCACUGCGGCAAUAUCCACCCCAGAAUCACUGACUACACCUAAUGAAGCCACUGUGGAUUACACAACACAGGAAAGAGAGAACUCCUUUUCAUCCACCACCGCACCAGAAAGAACUGGAGAAAUAUCAACCCCAGAAUCACUGACUACACCUAAUGAAGCCACUGCAGAUUUCAGAACACCGGAAACAGAUAACUCCUCUUCAUCCACUUUCGCGCCAGAGACCACUGGGGCAAUAUCUACCCCACAACCAUUGACUACAGCUAAUGGAGCUUCUGUGGAUUCCACAACACCAGAAAGAGAGAACUCCUUUCCAUCCAUCACCGCACCAGAGACCACUGGGGCAAUAUCCACCCCAGAAUCACUGACUACACCUAAUGAAGCCACUGCAGAUUACACAACACCGGAAACAGAUAACUCCUCUUCAUCCACUUUCGUGCCAGAGACCACUGUGGCAAUAUCUACCCUACAACUACUGACUACAGCUAAUGGAGCUUCUGUGGAUUCCACAACACCAGAAAGAGAGAACUCCUUUCCAUCCAUCACCGCACCAGAGACCACUGCGGCAAUAUCCACCCCAGAAUCACUGACUACACCUAAUGAAGCCACUGCAGAUUACACAACACCGGAAACAGAUAACUCCUUUUCAUCCCCUUUCGCGCCAGAGACCACUGUGGCAAUAUCUACCCAACAGCUACUGACUACAGCUAAUGGAGCUUCUGUGGAUUCCACAACACCAGAAAGAGAGAACUCCUUUCCAUCCAUCACCGCACCAGAGACCACUGCAGCAAUAUCCACCCCAGAAUCACUGACUACACCUAAUGAAGCCACUGCAGAUUUCAGAACACUGGAAACAGAUAACUCCUCUUCAUCCACUUUCGCGCCAGAGACCACUGGGGCAAUAUCUACCCCACAACCAUUGACUACAGCUAAUGGAGCUUCUGUGGAUUCCACAACACCAGAAAGAGAGAACUCCUUUCCAUCCAUCACCGCACCAGAGACCACUGCGGCAAUAUCCACCCCAGAAUCACUGACUACACCUAAUGAAGCCACUGUGGAUUACACAACACCGGAAAGAGAGAACUCCUUUUCAUCCAUCACUGCACCAGAGACCACUGGGGCAAUAUCCACCCCAGAAUCACUGACUACAUCUAAUGAAGCCACUGCAGGUUUCAGAACACUGGAAACAGAUAAUUCCUCUUCAUCCACUUUCGCGCCAGAGACCACUGGGGCAAUAUCUACCCCACAACCACUGACUACAGCUAAUGGAGCUUCUGUGGAUUCCACAACACCAGAAAGAGAGAACUCCUUUCCAUCCAUCACCGCACCAGAGACCACUGCGGCAAUAUCCACCCCAGAAUCACUGACUACACCUAAUGAAGCCACUGCAGAUUACACAACACCGGAAACAGAUAACUCCUUUUCAUCCCCUUUCGCGCCAGAGACCACUGGGGCAAUAUCUACCCCACAACCAUUGACUACAGCUAAUGGAGCUUCUGUGGAUUCCACAACACCAGAAAGAGAGAACUCCUUUCCAUCCAUCACCGCACCAGAGACCACUGCAGCAAUAUCCACCCCAGAAUCACUGACUACACCUAAUGAAGCCUCUGGUGAUUACACAACACUGGAAUCAGAUUAUUCCUUUUCAUCCACUUUCACAGCAGAGAGCACUGGUGCAAUAUCUACCCCAGAACCACUGACUACAGCUAAUGAAGCUCCUCCUGAUAGUAGUGAAGCACCCAAGACGCCUGUGGCACUUACAUGUCUGCCAGAAUACAUGCGUGCAGUCAUUAGAAGAGCCUACAUCAGGUCAAAAGGCUAUUUUUCAUGGAAUUUUCACUUGAAUGACCCAACUUGUAGGCCUAUGGUUACAAAAUCCCAUGUUAUAUUCCAUAUACCUUAUGAUGGCUGUGGUACAAAAAGUGAGGUAAAUAAUGGGACUAUCGACUACUCCAACACAGUCAGAGCAUCCACUUCUGAUAAUUUCAUCACCAGGGCAAAGAGUCCUCAGUUACAUUUCACCUGCAGAAUGAACGAGAGUGUGAUAGUGGACAUCAUGAACAUCGUCAACGAGUCCAACUCUUUAGAAACUGAUGAAACUCAGUAUGGACAAUUCAAUGUGAAACUUUCCUUUUAUGAAUCACCAUCUUUUUCAAGCCCUGUGAAUAGUUUCCCAUACUUUGUUGACCUAAACCAGGACUUAUACAUUCAAGCCACUCUCUACAGCCCUGAUCCAAAUCUGAUGUUGUUUAUAGACACAUGUGUAACAUCUCCUGAUUCCCAUGACUUUACAACUGUGAAAUACGAUUUAAUCAAGAGAGGGUGUGUAAAAGACGAUACCUUCACUGCUUACUAUUCAUCAAACAAAAAAAUUGUUCAGUUCCAAUUUAAAGCCUUUUCGUUUUUUAAUGGAUACUCUACAGUUUACCUCCAGUGCAAAAUGGUGGUGUGCAAGGUGUACGAUUUUUCUUCCAGAUGCUACCAGGGCUGUGUAACUAGGAACAAGAGAGAGACAAGUUCUGGCCAGGAAAAUGUGGUGAUUGUUGGGCCAGUUAAGCUCAAGAAUCCCAGUAACUCAGAUGGGCAUAUUGCCAGUUUAAUGUGAUGUUAUUUCAAUCGCUUUUAACAUCAAAAGGAUUGGUUCAUUGCAUGAUUUCCUGCUGAUGAGCUCUAGUAGCAUUUUUACCAGCGUAGCAAACUCCUAAUAAACAUCAGAGUACUUGCUUAGUGAUGGUAUACGUCUGAAUAUAUUCCUUAUCUGUCUUUACCAUUCCCUAAUUUCAAAUCUGUUGCAUUUACUUCCUAGACUUCUCUUCAAUAAAUAAUCUUGGUUAUAAAAGUAUAGGUGAACCAGAUGAUUGAUUUUCUGAUCUAGACUUAAUGACAAUAGAAUCUUCUUGUGUUUAUUCAAAUUCCCCCUUCAUUUUACAUCAUACUACCGCUGAAUAGCAUGAGUGUUUAUUGUUUAAGAACAAUUAGCAUAUAUUUUAACUAUAUAUUUAUCUCAACUCACAAUGAUUCACUGAUGAGCUUCAUACUUGAAAAGAUGAAAAUAGAAGCAUCUGUGUUUAUACUUAUUAAGGAUAGAAUAAAUGCAUUAUGAUGCUUGAAAAUUAUGGAGAUGGACACAUUAAAAUUGCUUAAAGAGAGGGACAUUAUAUGGUGUGUAAAUUCUAAAUUCUGCCUCUAAUUUAAGAGAUUAGGAGCUUCAUGUUUUAUUUCUUGAACUAAAUUCAUAUGGAAAGUCAAAUGCAGUGGAAUUAAUAUUUUGUAUGCUGGAUUAUUUUUAAUAAAGGAAAAGAUUUUCUCCAUUA